AUGAGCUCACAAGCACCGUGGAGCUGGCCACAAGUGCAGGACACCUGCGACCGCCGGCCAUGUACAGCUUCCCCCAACGGUAAUUACCUGCAGGCCUACAGAUCCGAGCUCACGGAGUUUGUGGACCUCGUGCGCGCCGGAAAUAACAGCGAGGUGCAUGCCAAGGAGCAAGUGGCCAUGCUCCGGCAUCCGGGUGUGGUUCGAGCCACCAUGGCUGCGGAGCUUUCCUGGAAGCUUGGCCGCACGGUGCAGCUGGCGGAGGUGGGCAACGUCUGUCACUCCGAGCAGACGGCCAAGAACAUGUUCGGAGACAGCUUUCGCAACUAUGAGAACUCGGAGCGACAGGAGAAAGUGGCGGCGACUUACGGGCUGAUGCACCAGAAUCAGACUGUUGAGUUCGUGCAGCAGCAACGGGAGAAAUGGCUGAAGUUCAACAAGGGUGAGUUCACGGUGAUGGAAGUGAUCUCCAUGCUGGAUGAGCUGGUGGACGAUUCGGAUCCUGACGUGGACAUCCCCAAUAGCAUCCAUGACUUCCAGACUGCGGAGCGCAUUCGUGAGCAGUGGCCCGGGGAGGAGUUUGACUGGUUCCACCUGGUUGGCCUUCUGCAUGAUCUGGGCAAGGUCAUGGCAUUGCCAAAGAUGGCGGGAAAAGACACCUUGCCACAGUGGGCGGUUGUUGGUGACACUUUCCCGGUUGGCUGCGCGCCCGCAGAGGAUUCGAUCGUCUUCCCGGAGUCGUUCCGUGAGAAUCCGGACUACAACCAUCCUGUCUUCAGCACGACCAACGGCAUCUACCACCCUGGCUGCGGCAUCACUAAGCUGAUGUUCUCCUGGGGCCAUGACGAGUACAUGUACCAGAUGUUGAAGUUCAACGGCUGCAGCAUCCCUGAGCAUGGUUUGAACAUGAUCCGCCUCCACUCCUUCUACCCCUGGCAUGACAAGGGGGCCUAUAGCCACCUUGAAAGUCAAGAGGAAGCGGAAACGAAGAAGUGGGUGAAGGAGUUCAACAAGUUCGAUUUGUACUCCAAGGCCGAUGCAGUACCCGAGAUAGAGGAGCUGAAGCCGUACUAUGCAUCCCUCCUGAAGAAGUACAACCUCGAUGGCAAGCUCCGGUGGUGA